GGCUCGACAGCGGGCACCGCGUCAUUUGGCAAGGCAGUGGGCUCCGAGUCCAACUGGUAUGACCGCGGGCACUGGGUCAGACAUUGGAUCGUCUGGCUGGACAGCGGGCAUCGGGUCACCAGGCAUCAGGUCAUUUGGCUCAACAGCGGGCACCGCGUCAUCUGGCAAGACAGUAGGUACCAAGUCACCAGGCACGACAGUGGGCUCUGACUCAAUUGGCACGACAGCGGGCACCGGGUCAUCAGGUACCGGAUUGUCUGGCUCGACAGCGGGCAUCAGGUCACCAGGCAUCAGGUCAUUUGGCUUGCCAGCGGGCACCGCGUCAUCUGGCAAGGCAGUGGGCACCGAGUCACCAGGCACGACAGCGGGCUCUGAGUCAACUGGCACGACAGCGGGCACCGGAUCAGGUACGGUACCGGAUCGUCUGGAUCAACAGCGGGCAUCGAGUCAACUG